UGCGAGCCGAGCGCCAGCCCUCCCACCUCCCCAGUGGUCCCGGCACCGUUAGUCCGAGCCACUACUUCGGCAUGGGUGUCACAGCACCUGCCACUGGCUGUUCACCUCCCUGGCCGGAUAGUCCCCCCACCAGCGACGCCUAGAACGGGUAAUUCCUGCGGCGUUCAGGGGAAAGGAUUAAUUUGGCCGGUUAAUUCCGCCCCCUCUCCUCCCCCAGGAAGGGAGGUACGUGAGCGUUGCCAUGGGUGCUGAAGGAGCACCCAGAAAGUUGCAGGAGAGGGGCGGGGAGAAGGGGGCCGGGCGAGCAGCCGACGGCCGAGGCUGCUUGCUCGCUCAGCGCUGCUUGUAGAGCCUAGGGACCAGCUGCUCUCGUGGCGACGGCUGUUACGGCGCCUGCCCUCAACGGCUAGCGGCGGCAGGGAGGAAAGGGGUAAACUUGAAACUUGGCCGGGGCAGGCAGGGCGCUCCAUGGAUGUCCUCGUCACUCGGUGCUGAACCGCAGCCCGCAGCGUUUUGUGGGGAGGCUGCUGCAAGAGGACCGCGGGGUGCCGCCGCGCCGUCUCCUCCGCCGUCGGCCAUGGUGCGUGUGGGGCGCGGGGCUCAGCCCGGUCUCGGAGAGUGACGCCGCGCCCUCCCCCCGCUCCGUUCUGCCGCCUCUCUCUUCUCCGCGCCCCCGCCUGCCUCCACCUGCCUAUCUGCUUCGGCGCUAACGGCCUGAAGCUUUGGGCAUCGGCUUCUCUCCGCGCUGCAGCCCACCCGACAUGGAGCCGUCUGCGGGAAGCUGCCGGGAGUGAUUCUCGCUUUUCGCCCGACCUGCUGGCCGCCCCCUCGGCGCCUGUGCUUGCUCCGAUGGAGCUGGACGAGACGCGACUCGCCCCGCCGAAGACCAUGCUGCUUAUGCUGAGGAAAGUUCGCAAGAGGCGGGAGAUGCUGCUGCAGCAGCUGGGCUUCAUCUGCGCCAUCCUGUUCUUCGCUUGGUGCAUGUCCAGCCUGCUCUCCAGACUGGGCCGGGAAUCAACUAUUGCAGACAAGCGUGCUUUGUCAGGAAUAUGGAGGAAUAGAAGGUUGAUGGCAUCACCUAAUGGGACACAUGAAGGAAAGAACUGUACAGAGCCAGCCAUUAAUGAAUUUCCUGAAGAUAUAUUUACAAAUAAAGAACGCCAGCAAGGAGGAAUUCUGCUUCAUAUCAUUGCUGCUCUUUAUAUGUUCUAUGCUUUGGCUAUAGUAUGUGAUGACUUCUUUGUUCCAUCCUUAGAGAAAAUUUGUGAGAAAUUACAUUUGAGUGAAGACGUCGCUGGAGCUACAUUCAUGGCAGCAGGCAGCUCCACUCCGGAACUUUUUGCAUCUGUUAUAGGUGUGUUUAUCACUCAUGGAGAUGUAGGAGUAGGAACCAUUGUUGGUUCAGCAGUUUUCAACAUCCUCUGCAUUGUUGGUGUCUGUGGAAUAUUUGCAGGACAGGUGGUUUGUCUCACCCAGUGGGCAGUGUUUCGGGACUCUGUGUACUAUACAAUAUCUGUGAUUGUACUUAUUGUUUUCAUAUAUGAUGAGAAAAUAGAAUGGUGGGAAAGCCUUAUACUCAUCAUUAUGUAUUCAUUCUACAUACUUAUCAUGAAGUACAAUGUGAGGAUGCAAAAUUUCUUCACCCAUAAAACCAAGAAUGUUGGAAAUGGUGACACAGCCAAUAAUGAGCUGGAAGAUGGUAAUAAAUGUUUUGCCCCUAAUUGUGAUGAUCCAUCCAUUCCAUUACUAUGGAAAGUGAAGGGCAUGCAGCAGUAUGGCAAAAACAGUGUAGUAAUGGUGGAUGAGAUCAUCUGCUCCAGUCCUCCCAAAUACCGGUUCCCCGAAGCUGGAUUACGGAUUAUGAUUACGAAUAAGUUUGGACCGCGCACCAGAAUGCGGAUGGCAAGCCGGCUCAUCAUUAAUGAGCGUCAGCGGCUGAUCCAGUCUGCCAGUUGCUCAAACAAACCACUUCAGAAUGGAAGACACCAGAAUAUUGAAAAUGGAAAUAUCCCUGUGGUGAAUCAAGAGGAGGAAACUGAACAAGACAAUCUCUCUCCCUUUUCACUGCCAGAUGGAAAAAUGAACAAAAUUAAAUGGCUUUUGACAUGGCCUCUGAUAUUUGUGCUCUUUUGCACCGUUCCAAACUGCAGCAAACCACGCUGGGAGAAGUGGUUUAUGGCGACGUUCGUCUUGGCUACUCUCUGGAUUGCUUUGUUCUCCUACUUCAUGGUGUGGAUGGUGACUGUGAUUGGAUACACCCUUGGGAUACCAGAUGUCAUCAUGGGCAUUACUUUCCUAGCUGCAGGAACAAGCGUCCCAGACUGCAUGGCCAGCUUAAUAGUAGCAAGACAAGGCCUUGGUGACAUGGCAGUAUCCAACACAGUAGGGAGCAACGUCUUUGACAUUCUGGUGGGCCUCGGUGUUCCAUGGGGUUUGCAGACCAUGGCAAUUGAUUAUGGAUCAACUGUUAAGAUAAACAGCAAAGGACUGGUUUAUUCAGUUGCACUUCUGCUAGGAUCAGUGGCGCUUACAGUGCUUGGAAUCCAUGUAAAUAAAUGGAAACUUGACAGGAAGUUAGGCAUCUACGUGUUGUUUCUUUAUGCUGUUUUCCUAUGUUUCUCUAUAUUGAUAGAGUUUAAUGUCUUCACCUUUGUCAACUUCCCUAUGUGCCAAGAAGAACCUUAAACCACAACAAGGAGAGAAACUGAAAUUCUUCUGGUUACAUGUGCUGUAAAUGACAGCAGGCAUUUCAGUUUUCUACCUUCUUUCCAUCAGUAAUUUGAGUGUCACCAGCUGACAAGCACUUUUACCCGUGUGGGAGGAUAGCAGACCUUUCUUUAACAUGCGCGCUCGAGGCAACCAAAGCAUCUUCCUCUUCCUCGGUACUGCUGCUCAGUCAGAAAGCUGUGCGGAUCUUAUGCAGCACUCUAGAAUGACUCCUUUCUGGGACCUUCUGUUGUGGUUUUCUCCUUUGGAAGACAGUCAGCCACCAACACCAAGAUUAGCAAGAAGAUGGGAGGAAAACCUUUGUAGUUCUUUUGGUUUUGACAUUUACUUUCCGUGGAAUAAUAAGAGGCAAGUUCAGAACUUUUCUUGCUUCAAUCAAAAUAUGUCAACUUAGAGGACCAGAGAGUCCAAGGCACAUAUUAUGGCAUGCACUGUUGAGGACAUGAUUUCCCCCUUCAAGUGCUCUGCUUUUAUAGAGGAACUACACUGGCAGUUUUUGAUGGCAGCGAUGAAUAUUUAUCGCUCUUUUCAAUAAACAUGAGCAAUGUGGCAGAGAAAGAAGAGGAAAUGGUUGUAUGUUGUACCACUUGUGGUGAUGCACACCAGAAGAGAGUAUCUGCAUAUGGAAGAAGAUAAUUACAUGCAGAACUUCAUACUUGAAAAAUAUGUUUUACCACUAAUGAGGAAUGCUGUAUACAUAAACUAACACUUGUGGAAUGUUACACCACAAGAAAGACUUUGCAUUGGCCCUUGUAAGUCCAUUGUGUGAAUUUGGAAGAAGCUAAAAUAAAAUAUAACUGAGUUCUUAGUAACUAUCAGUUCUUACCAGCUGAGAGGAGUAUCUCAACAUAAUCCAGACUUUCUGACAACAAAACCCACCCUGACUAUGAUUUUAUUUGAUUGUUGGGGGAAAGAAGCUUAUUUCAUCAGCUAAGAAGCUGGUGUAUUCCUCUCCUUUUUUAUUUAUUCCCAGAAACUUAGAAAAGAUGAGUGUUGGACACUGAGAAGCGCAGAUAAGAAACACCUAGACAAAACCAAGUCUGUCAGGAGUAUCUGGUCCUUGAUUUGACUGCGUGCAAGUUUUGAAGCAUGAGAUCCUUCUUUUUAAGCCCCAGUAGAAGCCUAGUUUAGAUGUCCUUUCCACCAGCAUAAAUCGGAUAUAAGGAAUUACUCUGGAUCUAAUGGACAGCAGGAUCUGGCCCAGAGUAUUAAAAACAGUGAGUGGCAUCCCAUAUUGUAGAAGUUGUAUGGGUUUUGAAUUACUACUAAGCUUUAUUUAUUUUAAAGCUAUAUGGGAAUGAGCACAUAAAGUUUCUAAAGAAGCACAGUUAACUUUAUACAUAGGUUUUUAAAAAAAUAAUGUUUGUAAACCACAAUAAAUUAUCAAAUAAGUUGAUGGAUUUUAAAAUCUAUUCAUAUUUUACACUUUAUAUAUUAAAAAAAAUCCCAUUCUUUUGGCAGUGAGAACAUAGCUAUAAAAGCUUAUCAAAUAAGCACUAAAUCAGAUGGUUCCUUAUUGUAAUGUAUGUGGCAAAUAAGUCUGUUUAGCCAUCUCACAUGCAGAACACUGUUUACAUUUGGCAGUGUGUUUGCAAUUAAUGGUAUUUAAAGAGUUCUUUUGGUAUAUAUUAAGGAGUGUAUUCUGCUGUUUACUAUUCUAAUCCUAAAUUAAUAUUUAAUAUUCUAAUCCUAAAUUUCUAAUCCUAAAGAAAAAAAAACCCAAUGUAUUUAUUUGCUUCACCCCUUGUUACAAAUGUCAGUAUUAGUAUCCAUUCAGGAUUUCUCACCUUACUGGAGUAGUUAUGUGGUUAAACUAGCCAGUCCUAAAGAUGGCAACAACAAAUCCAGCAUUAUUAAAGUGCUUUAUUCAAUAGACAAGGGUGACAGUAAAUUUAAUUUCAAGUAUGCCAGUAAUCCCAUUUCCAGGCAUUCAGGAUUUUGCUGCAACAUAAAGCUGAGGAGAUAAAAUUAUUGUUCAUCUUUAUAUGUCUUCUGUUGCAGAAAGGCUGUGAGGAUACUGCUACACCACCGUAGGAGCAUCCCUCUCUAGCCUCACUCUUUUCCCUGCUAUGUUUUAGGAGGACAGUUUGCUGCUGAAAAUUUUGUGAUGGCUUAGAUACGAGACUGAGAGGAGGAGGGGGAGAGGCUGAGUAAUUUUUUUCCCUCUGUUCUGCUGUUGAGUGAGCUUGGAGAACUAGCUGUGUGGAAGCAAACAUUUGCUCUUCUGUGCACAGCUCAGGCAGCUCGGAUGUCUUUGCUGAUGAGUAGUUCUAAAAUUUAGUUUUGAAUGCCUGGUGAUCAGCUGAGUUCACAGUGAUGAGGUCAUUAAUGAUUACAAUGCCAGACCCAGCAGUUUGUACCGUAUCUUCACACUUCUGAGCCAGGCAACUUGAGAAGACAAGGGCCAUGGCAGAUGUGCUCAAAUAUGCAUGGAAUUGGUUGCUUCUGCCGUGAAUCCUUCAGAUGUCAUUUAGAAUUAUUCUGCCUAAACUGAAUGUCACCUGCUCCAGUACACCAGAGGAUUCUGUUGUAGCAAGAGACAGUCUCAGAAGGUAAUACUGAUCUUAAAUUGUUUGGCCAAUCCUGUCAUCUCUAGUCCUCCUUAAAGCAUAGACCCACUUGAGGACAAUUUAUAUUGAAUUCUGAUGCUGCUUUUUCAUAUAGUGGUCUAAUACAUGUCUUCUGCUAUGAAACAGGUAUCAUGGCAUGCUUAUUGUUAUAAAUAACACUAGUAGAAUUCUCUUCUGACAUCACCACGACCAGGGAAGUACUAUUUGCCAAAGAAUUAUUAGAUACUUUAUCAGGACGCUGAUGGAACAUGAUCACAUGAAGUAAAGAGUCUCUGUGUGGUAGCUGUCUGUCCAAUAAAAUAAAGAUAGAUGGCAGUUACAAACCAAGCUGUGCAGAGAAACUAAACAGCUCAGGAAAGAUCUGAGUGACAAAUUGUUGUAAAUUAGAUAAACCCACAUGAGAAUGUAUCAGUAAUUCAGGAGGUUAUUGCCAAGUAAUAGUGGACUAGUGCCUUUUCAUGUGUGUACAGAAAAAAUUCAUCUUGAUGUGGUCAGGAAACUGUUAUGGAUUUUUGCCAUUUUCCAGUCAAGAAAAAGAGUGAUUUGUGCUUGGCUGUCUGCAAUUAGUACAGUUCUGUAUUGCAGCUCCUCAGAUUAUGUCUGUAAAAUUUAGUGGCCACUUUGUUGUACUAAUCAUUGCAAAAGUUAACUGGCUGAGUUUGGAAUGUGUGUCACAGUGUUGUAUAAGUUAAUGUUCAGCUCAAGAGUAAAAAGAAAGCUGAUGCAUGUGAGAGGGAAAACUGUUACUGUGAUCUCAAAAUUGCCAGCAUACUAACACUGAAAAGUAAUACAGCUCAGAAAAAGAGAGCCCAUAUCCAGCAAAGCUUAAUUUCAGUAGAAUUGAUUCCAUGCUUAAAGCUAAGCAUAUAUCCAAGUGCCUUGCUGGAUUGUGUCCUAAGGUGACAAUGGGGCACGGGUGUUCUAGAAUAUUCAGAUCUUUUAAUAUUUUAUUUGGGUUAUAGUCUAAAGAUUUUAUUUCUUUCUCAAAUUAAAAGGUUUUGCCAGAAUCUGUGGACUUCUGCUCUGCUGAUUCCACUUUGGAUUUCCACUCUUGUAAAUAAGAGAACGGGCUCCUUGUUUCAGACUUCAGAACUGUGCAUCUGCCCUGGUGUACAAGCAGGAUCAAAACCGAAUUACAACUGGCCAAGGAGAGCUUUUAGCAACUCUUUUUCUGCUGCAGUUCCGCUGGAGCAGCACAGUCCCACAUAGACCCGCAGGGUGCAAUCCUGUCUGCAGUGAGCAAGUAGGAGUGUUUCCAUUGAGUUCAGUAGUGUUUGGUACCAUUUAUUUGCAAAUAACAAAACAAUUGUAUGCAUUAUCAAGUGUUGCCUGAGUAAAGAUUUCAGGCUCCAGAUCUACAUAUCUGACUAUAGAAGGCUGCAGUUACGGUUAUCUCAGUGACUAUUUGAUGAUCUAAGGGCUGCUUUCUGGGCCAAAGUCUAGCCUAGAGGAACACCUGAAGUCUUCCCAACAGGUACAGCAUAGUUGACCAUAUUUCUCCUGGCUCAGUCAUUGGUGUGCCUAUCUUAUUUUAUUUUUAUAUUCUUGCUGUGGCUAUAACAAUGCUGUGAUUAGUUUCUGGCUUUCAGUUCCAUUUGUAAACAUUCUGUCGACAUAGAAACAAUUGGGAAAGGCGUUUAGUAAUAUAUGACUUAUCUAUCUCAUUUCCUUUGUGGUUGUGCAUAGAUUAACACACACUUGUUUCUUUAGUUGCACAAAUCCCCCAUGAGUUUUGUUGUCUCCCUGUCUUGGAUUUCUUGCAGUUGUAAUGCCAUUUAUUUGCAUCCUACACUUAAGAUGUUUUUGGUAGACUGCUCCAAGCUGUGCUAAGGACUGCCUGAUUUAUUCAUGCCAAGGAAAGAUCAAAUCUAAUGUAAUAUGAAACAGUAAACUAACGCUGAUAGCCAAGUGAAGCCAAAGAAUCAUUCCUAAUUGAAAUGGAUCACCUUUUAACAUAAUGUUCCAUCAUUGCAAGUCUCAGGUCUCUCAGUUGCUUGUGUUUAAGCCCUCAGAAGAAAAUCUGCAGCUCACGUAUUCGCUAUACAAUUCCCUUUCUGUGUCUUUGAGUCUGAACUCCAGAUUUUUUUUAAGAUGGUUGCACAGUUAAAUGACAGCAUUUAGUUCCAGCAGUUCUGCACCAACCUUUUAUUAUUCCCAGCCUUUAUUAUCCACUUGAACUAUUUUGAAAAUCCAAUAUUCAAGUAACCAGUGUUCCUGAGAGGAAUGUCAUUCAACUGACAUGCAUUCCAGUUUCUAACCUACGGUUUAUAUGUUUAAAAACCCUCUUUUGGAUGACCUGAGGAUAUGCUUUUCUCACAUUUUUCCCUUGUGUGGGAUAUUUUCUCCCAAGAGAAGGCUGUGAAAAACCCUACACAUCCCUGUCCUGAAAUGUGAGUUAUAUGUAGCUCCCUCUCUGAGGCUGAGAUGUGUGUUGAUUGUGGCAAUUUGUACAUUACAUUGUUCUGCUUGCUGCCGUAUUUCUGACAUACAGUGCACUGUCUGAAGGAAGUGAAUUAUUAUGGGAAAACAAUGCCAUUUGGAUAUUUUCUUACAAGAAUUACCUGUUUAAUUCCACUUGUAUUUCUUUUUACUUGCACAAAGAAUGUAAGUGAUCAUUGCCAUCUUAUCACUGAGUUGAUCUUCGCAACCUCACAAAACAAGUAAAAAAGGUAGGUCUACAGCAGUAGGCAACUGCUGUGAAAUCUAAAGGUACCAGAGUAUAUCAAAGACAGGUAUAAUCUCUAGGAAAAGCUAAUAUCAACUGAGAUGCUUCCCUUUCAGAGGUUUUUUUACAGCAAGAUUAUGGCCUUCAUGCAUAUGCCACUUGUGUGUGAAAAGAACACUUGCAAGUCUGCUUCCUCAGCAGCAUCUAUGUUCCAAAUGGGUGAAACUCUGCAGCAGCUCUGGCCAAAUGCUUGCCUUCGUGUUCUUGGGAGUGGUGCCAGUGCUCACUAACGUCUUGGUAGUUGGCACAAGUUCAUAUCAGCGGAACUGAGAGUAGAAUUUGGCUCCCACUGUAUCCCCAUUGUAAGAAAGUAUUUGGAAUUGUUUGAUUGCUUAAAGUUCAGAUUCUGAACCUUUUAAAAAUUCCCUGUUUCAUACUUGGAGGCAUUUGCAGCGCACCCCUAAGAGGUGCAAUACCUCGUUUAAAUACUAUUCAGACUUUCUAGAAAUGCUUACUUUGAAAACAGAAAGGGAUGGGUUUGUAAACUGUAAAUAACAGAAAUCUAUUUAUCACUUUAUUUAUUUUUUCAAUGACUGUGACCUUAUGCACUGUGAAUGCUCUGUGAUAUGGGGUCCUUUGUACAGAUAAAUAUGUCAUGAAAUCCAAAUGGGUUUAAUGUGAUAAUUUGUUACAAAAUGUUGGCAUGAUAUCUGAUUAUUUUUGUUGUGAAAAUUCUAAGAAAUAGUUAAGUCAGCAUUUAUAAGAGAUGAUAGAAGUCAGUAUUGUAAUGCACUAUAUAAAAUAUGUACACUAUCAAUAAAUUAUACCAACAAGAAAAA